CAAAAUGGCCGACACUCCCUCGCCGCCCUCUCCUAGAGCCGGGGGAGGGCGCCGCGGAGCUGCACCGCGUUCGGGCCGGGUCCGGCAGCCCCCGCCCCGCUCCCGUUGACGUCAAGGACCGCCCGGUACCGUGUUCCUCCCCUCAUUGUCAGCGCUCGCACCCGCCGCCCGAGUCCGAAGCCCCCGGCGGGCUGCGGCUGCCCAAGCCUGGGCUGUCCCGCCGGCUAGAGCGCGCCGCGGGCGGGAAGGAGGCCCGGCCGCUCCAGCUGCCCAGGUGGCAACUGGUGCUGCAGGAAUAUUUGGAAUGUAGAAGAGGGAGGAAGAGUGGCCCCUCUGCCUUGCCCCUCUGCCCACCCGCCUGUGGAGGGUGAGAUUGCCUCUAUUCAAAGAAACGAUAACGUACCAGGAACACACAAGGUGUUAAAAACCACACCAUUCACCCAGACUAAGCAAAACUUUCACCUAAAAGGAAUAAAAAAUAAACAUGGCAGAAUUUACAGGUUACAAGGAAACCUCAAAUCGGCAUCUACGAUUCAAAUUGCAGAGUCUUAGUCGCCGUCUUGAUGAACUGGAGGAAGCAACCAAAAAUCUGCAGAAAGCAGAGGAUGAGCUGCUUGACCUCCAGGACAAAGUCAUCCAGGCAGAAGGCAGCAACUCCAGCAUGCUGGCUGAUGUUGAAGCCCUGCGGAAAAGAGUGCUGAAAAUUGAAGGCAAGGAUGAAGAAAUUAGGAAAGCUGAAGAGCUUUGCCGGUUAAUGAAAGAAAAACUUGAAGAGGAAGAGAGCCUCACCCGAGAGCUGAAGUCAGAAAUCGAACACCUUCAGAGGAGAAUGGCAGAGCUGGAGAAGCUGGAGGAGGCCUUUGGCAGGAGCAAGAAUGACUGUACACAGUUGUGUCUUAGCCUCAAUGAAGAAAAGAACUUGACCAAAAAGAUAUCUACAGAAUUAGAAAUACUUAGAGUGAAAGUCAAAGAACUGGAAUCAUCUGAGGACAGGCUGGAUAAAUCUGAGCAGAGCUUAAUGGGUGAGUUAGAAAAACUGAAAUCCUUAACAUUGAGUUUUAUCACUGAAAGAAAACAUUUUAAUGAAAGAGAAAAGCAGAAUGAAAAAAUAAUCCAGGAGCUAACACAGAAACUAGAACAAAACAACAAACUAAAUAGGGCAGAUCAAACUAGAAAUGCAUCCAACUUGCUAGAAAGGUCAUCAAAUAAUCUCCUGGACAGAAAUGAUUUGAGAAUUGAGGAUGACUUGACUUCUGUGUUGCCCUCUAAGGAGACCAGGAGGAAGGGAAGUGUGGAUUACCUGAAACAUGUAGAAAAUGAAACCAGGAGUAAAUCAGAAAACCAAAAGAAUAAAAAUCAGGAAGACAACAAAGUGAAAGAUCUCACCCAAGAAAUUGAGAAACUUAAAACUCAGAUCAAACGUUUUGAAACUUUAGAAGAAGAACUUAAAAAAAUGAGAGCCAAAAACAAUGACCUGCAAGACAGUUACUUGAGUGAACAGAAUAAAAACAAACUCUUAAUGGGUCAGCUAGAAGAAGUAAAAAUGCAAAUAAAGAAACAGAAAGAUCUGGAGAAUGGAGAGGUUGAAAAUGAAGAUACAAGCUUUUCUAGCAGGGGAAAACAUGACAGACCUAAAUACAGAGGUGUCACAGCUGAUUUGACAGCUGCCAAGCACAAGCCAAGGGAGCUCUCACCGCAGCAGCGCCGGGAAAGAGCAAGGAACAGAGAUUUCUCUGUCAGUAACGACAGCUACACCCACAGUGGUAAGCAUGUGCCCAGUCCAAGCUUAAUGAACAGAAAAGCAGGAAAAGCAUCUGGUGCAUCUGCGCUUUCAGACGCUGCUGUGGCAGAUUCAAAAAGACUGGAAGAGAAAUCUUUAGUUUCCACUUUUUCUUCUGGUCAGAAGGAAGGCUGCGUCAUGCAGAAUGAGGGAAAGAGAUCAAAAGAGCAGCCAUCUGUCCUCAGCCGAUAUCCUCCUGCUGCACAGGAGCAAAAAUCUUGGAAAGCACCUUCCAAACCUGUUGGUGACACAGGCCUGAGAUCCAAGGCUGAAAAGCCAUCUCAGAUGCUCCGUGGCAUCUGCCAAACCAGUGCUGAUGCACGGGAUGAAAAGUCAAGCAAAGGAGAAUCAGUGGCUUCUUUGGCCGAGAAGCUGAAAACAAGUCAGGCAGAAGUCAGUGACUGCUUGGGGGACACAUUGCUCACCAGGGGUAAUCUCGCCUCUUCCAAUGGCACAUCUUCGGCAUACAGGUACCACCUCCCUUCCCAUGUGUCGGCAUUGGACUCUGCUGGCUCUAAAGCAGAAGCAGCAAACACUUUUGCUGCAUCACACAGACAGCCCUUGGAGGGGAGGGCUAAAAGAGCAAUUAUUUCCCAGGAAAAAGAAUUUGCAGACAUGUCACUUGAAAGUGCAAAGCCUUCAACACUAACAAAGCAUCCCCAUCACUCCAGGAGUCAGGAAGACAUUCUGCAGAUUCUAACAGGUCUUGAUAAAGAAGACACGGAGCAGUCUUCAACUUCAGCAGUGGAUCAUGUAAAUGCUGGCUUAAAGAUGGACUCUAAAACCAUCCAGAGUAACCAGGAAAAACUUAAUUCAGAUGAAGAAUUGGGAAGAAGCAAGAAAACAACCACUCACUCAGAUUUUGAGACAAGAAGGAAAGUCAGUUCCAAGCAGUUCUCCAAUUCCAGGGGAGUUUUUAGAGCAUCACUUUUUGAAAAUGACAAAAACACUGUAAAUGAUGAAGACUCCACCAAGUCUAUAAAAUCAUCAGAUGCCAGCACUGGAGGAUUUAAAUCCAGAAGGUCAUUCAGCCCGAGAGAAGCUCUGAGAUCAAAAGCUGUCAUUAAACCUGCAAUUGUUGAAAAGGAUAUGAAGGCAGUCAUGGGAGGGACUGUUUCUGAGGGAGAGUCAGAAAAACAGAAGUCUGUUUUUAAAAUGGUACCAAAUAAGAUGACAAGCAGCAUCACAAUCUUCCCUUCUGAGCCAACAGUUCCAAAGACCAGUGCAGAUAUAGCAGCAAAGGAAAAGCAUGUUACCACCAGCAACAUCAGAGUUGCUCCAAAUGAGCCUUCAGCAAUAACAAACAAUCUCCCCACAUCCUUUGAGAUAUCCAUUAAUAAAAGUGCUCUGAAAUUAUCUGAGACAGACCGAACUGGAGAGGCAGCGCUGAGAAGUAGAACAGAAACAGUGGUCUCCAGAAGCAGCAUUAUGAUAAAGACUUCUGAACUCAUGGAGAGGAACAGUGAGCCACCUUUGGAGACAAUCAGCUGGAAGAGCCAUGGCUCUUCAGAUGCAGCGUCAUCUGAAACAAAACAUGUCACUGUGAGAAGUUCCUGGAGAACAAGACAAGGCUUAGAUUCCCUGGAGGACUCUCAAACCAAAGUGGAGAAAAGUGCAGCUUCCAGUACUACAAACACGUGUAGGUCCUCAGUGGACCUCUCAGAAAUGGAAGGGAACAGUGCAAGAACAAACUCCUUGGAGCAGACCUCAGCAAGGACCAGUGCCACAGCUAAUUCCUGGAGUGCCCCUGAACUUGGGUCCCGAAGGACCAAAAGUAACUUAAGUGCAUCAGAACUGCUAACACGCAGGAGCUAUGCAAGUGAUCCAACAGUGGCUUCUGCUUGGCACCGGACCACGCUACCUGAUGAAAGCAAAGAUUUUGUGCCCAGUUCUAGAAGAAAACUAUAUGGCUCUUCUGAGUACCUCUCACAGAUUGACACACCAGGGAAAAGGCCAGCCACUAAGAUGGAGCUGCAGGACCCUGAGUCCAACCCCCACACGCCGCUGGGUCUCCAAGCAGAGGAGCAGGUAUGUGAGUUCAAGGACUAUCCAGAAAAGAGAGUUGCAAGGCAAGAAGCCAAUAUCUGAACUGAUGUCCUAGUAACAUAACUCAGAGAACUUGUCCAAAUGAAUGUAAACCUUUUAGGAGAAAUCCAGUCUUAAACUAGCACUGCCCAGAGGUGGAGUGUCUACUGUAUUGCCUUGGUAAAUUAUUCUACUGCUUGUCUAUACCAGUGAAAAAAGUACUACCUUAUUUUUUGUUCUAAACUUGUUUCAGCUAGCUUUAUGGCUAAAAACAUUCUCCAGGGAAUAAAGGGACUGCAUCUAGCCAUCCCCUGGCACACAUUGGACAAUCAGGGAUGGAAAAAACAUUGGAGAGACAAAAACAGAGCCCCUGACUUUCCUGCUUCAGCUGGCUGCUGUACUACUAGGGUGCCUGUUUGCUGCUACAUACCUGAUGCUCUGCAUCCUAAAACACAUCUUUCUGGACACACAAAGAAGUGAAAAAUGGCCCACAUGGCCCAUGACUUACUGCCUGAAAUAUAAAAAAAUGUAUUCCAGCCUCUUCACAGGGGGCCCCCUUCAGAGGAGGCAGGAGUCCAGGCAACCUUUAAUUCCUAGGUGCACAGCCAUACUUAUGCCUGUACAGAAGACUUUUUUUCCUCCUGGCAUUCCCUCUUUGCCUGUGCAGCUGCCCAGAGCAACAUGCAUCUUUCCCUUUAUGGAUCACCCACAGCAGGAAAUAUCUUAAGACCUCAAACCUGUCAUCAGUGUAUCUUACUGGCCGUGCACAGGAGUUGCUGAGUCUUGAUGGGAUAGCAGCAGGACUGCAGCGAGGCAGCUGAGAGCCCUACAUAAUCAUACCUCUUGGUGAAGUUGCACAAAAUUAAGAGCCCGGAGGGACAUAGUCCCAGCUGAGCUUUGCAGACUGGUAUUUAGAGAUAGGUAAUGUUUGGAGUAGAGGGUAGUGAACUGACAAUGUCCCUGUUGGUAGCUGAGGAAGGGGACUCCACAGCAAUGCUCUGUGUGGUCACUAAGAGGUGUCACCCACAGUGACAUUUAUCUGGCCAGAUGCAGGCUCCUGUACCUGAGACUGUGCUGCUUUUGUCUGCACAGAGUGGGUCAAGAGCAAAUAAAAACUUGGGUAACAUCAGAUUCCCAUAACAUACACGCCAUCAUUUGGAUCUGCUGUAUUGCCCAGACCUCCACCAACUGUAACAGGAGCCUGAAUACAUUGCACACGGAGAUUAGCACAUUAGAUCAGCUCCAUCUCCUCUGUGCUGUCAAGUGUUGUGCAUCUCACUUGCCACAUCUAUAUGCUGGGUGUGGAAGUGGGUUCUGGGUAUGCUACAGCAUAAAAAAAGGUAACAGGUCCUGCCUGUCUGGGGCAAGGCCGGGUCAUUCUGCUUUGGCCUUAAUCCACUGUAAACACUGACAGACCCUGUAUCUUCCAAACUGAUAUGGCCACUGCCCUCCCCUGCCCCACCAUCAGGCUAGGAUCCUGAUGGGCUUUGGGAUGGCUACCUAAAGGGCAAUCACGAUACUCUUCCCCAGAGCAAAAAUGCUGCCAGAGGCAGCUGCAGGUCCUGGCCAGUCUGUGAUGCUGUGGGGUCAUCUCUUACAGGGUGCUUCCCGUGCCUGCCGGACAACAUCUCGGAGAUGAGUUGUAUUCCUUUCCACUCAAUAAACACACUGCACAGUGGAGCAAGAGGCAGGAUACUACCAAGCUCAUGGGCGUUACACCUGUUUGUAACCUCUCCAGAGGCUUUAGCUAGCCUGAAACCAGUUUUCUAAUGCGAUUUGCAAGGUACAGGAGCUUUACCAGUGAAUUCAUUUUCUUCAUUGCCGAAGAGACAGCUGCAGAGACUUUGCUCAGGGGACUCCCACUUAUCUCUGUAUCUGCAACCUUAAUCUCCUCCACAGGAUGAUAGGUCUGUCUCCAUAUGGAAAGCUUGACUGCAUAGCCACUCUGAACGACGGUACUCCCUGGACAAGAGAGAACUUCGUGUUAUUCACUUGCAUUUAGACAAGAUUCCAGAAGUAUCCCUGUGACUAUGGGCCACCAGCCCAUGACAGCUGUCCUACACGGCUCCACAACUGAAAGCUUUCAGUUCCUAGGGAGAGCUUGCUUUCUCCUAAUAUUGGCUUGGAUUGUGGUCACCUCAAUACCUGUGUUCCCAGCAUCCUCUAUGUCUAGGCAGGAGGAAACCAUUCUCCAUUGGUUGCUUUAUACAUUAGGAGGACAGGAGAGCAGAAAAUGUUGUUAAGAAGCAGUUUCUUCCCUAUUGCUGUCAGCCUCUGCAACAAGCUUUGCAUGACCUGCUCAUCACCAGCUGAGAUCUUGCACCAAGGAGUCAUGUUCUGAGCCAAAGCAACAGCAGUUCACACAGCAGUGAAAGUUCCUCCUCACUUGGACUUGGGUGCUUUUUUACCUGAAGCUUAAUGUCCAUCAUGCUCUGAAGGCAACAACUCUGCUGCUCAUUCUCAGCAGUUGAGCUCUAAGGGAAAAAAAAGAAACAAGUGGUUUUCCUCGCAGACAAGUAGAAUGUCCUUGUUCCUUCCAAAAACAGGGUGGACGCAGCAGGGUUCAACCCUAAGCUGAGCUCCAGUAUGGCUACCUAGGCAGCCUAAGUCUGUGCCCCUCUUCAGGACCACCCCAUCCACCAUGUCUGGGACCCAGGUGUGGUCAGAGAUACAGAGAUACAUUACCCUGUCAGUGCCCACAGGCCACCCAGUGCAGAUGGCAUCACUGUUGCGCGACGCACCGCCCCCACAGCUCCAAGAGGUGCUCAGGUGUUGGAGCAGCAUCUGCACUGAGCAAGGUGAUUGCAUCUGGCUCACACAGUUGAAGCUCCGCCAGUCCUUCUUUAAAUCCCACCACCCAACUGCAGGGCUGGCACACAGUUUUCCUGUCCUGUACAUGAACACCACUGAUCUCCCCCAGUGCUUUCUUCUGCCUGUUGGAAACAGACACCCCUCUCUGCAGAGGAAUAAGGACAAUGCUGCAGCAGGGAAAAGGUCCUUUACCUGUUUUGGAGGUGCUGCAGGAACAGCUGCAACUCAGCAACUCCCACGUCUGAGUUGCACCCCACACUCAUUCCCACAUCUCACCUACCAGAUGAGCAGCUACUACAGCAGAGUGUGUGUGUGGUGUGUGUGUGACUAUCCAUACAUGCACAUCUAUAUGCCGUAUCUCCUCCCUGUCCAUUGGAAUUUUAUGCCUCAAUUCUGAGAGGCAAAUGAAUCAAAAAAAAAAAAAAAAAAGCUGGUUGGAAAGUAUCUAUGAAAACAUUUAUAUGAAAAGGAAAGUGUUUCACUGACAUGAUUCUUUUUUUUUAAAUAAAGGUUGUUUAGAGGAAGGGGAAAAUUAUUUUUGGAAAAAAGUGUUUCCUUUUGCAAUUUUUAGAUGGUUUCCCAAAUUUAUAUUUUUAACCCUUCAUUUUAUUCUUUUGUAUUUCAUUACAUAUAUGUGUCAAGUUGCAUAACAAGACAAAAAGGUAAUGCUUUUAAACUAGUACUAAGUGGCAGCUUUCAUAAUCUUAAGAUUAAAUUAUAUUAAAAUAAAUUAUAUCAACUGCUAUCUCUUACCAUCUCAUGACAUAGCAGUCCUAGUAGAGAAUGGUAUAAAUAUAUCAUCAAGUAUAAUGGGAAAAAAUUUUAAACUCAAAAUCCAAAUUAAAAGUGAAAGAAACUGAAAUUCGGAAGUUAAAUUCAGAUUUCUGAAAUGCCUCACCCUGCUCUAUGUUUAUCAGGAAUUAUUGAAAAUGAGUGCAUAUUAUGCAAUCUGAAACCACAGUGGAUUUUAUUUUAACAAAUCUGUGAAAUUGCAAUAUCCAUCCUGAGCACCGUGCUUUGCUCAGAGGUUAACUGUAUGGCAGGAUCAUCACCACCAUCAUGUACAAGACAUUACUGAGAUCAAUUGCUUGAAUGGAAUCAGCUUCCCUUGCCUCAUUGUGCAAGCUUGCUUUCCAGCCUCAGCACGCUAAUUCUGACUCUUUGUCCCUUAUUUUUCAUGUUAAAGAAAACAGUUCCUUGCAAAGCUAAAUAUGCUGCUUCAGGUCCUCUUCCAUCUGUUGCAUGGGAGAUACUGCUGCAACACCCCCCCCCCCCACCCCCCCAGCCAGUGCAGCUGCUCUGCAGUGAGCAGCCCAAAUGCCUCCUGCAGUAGCUGCUUGCUGAACCUGGGAGUUUGCAUCUUGGAAGCAGCUUAGCAUGUACCUGCCUCUUCAGACGUCACAGUAAUUACCAUCAUUUACAUUCCCAAACCUGCUGCUAAGCAGGUCUCCAGCUGUAUAAUACAUAGCCAGUUACAGUCACCGUGGAAGAACUGCUGCUGACGACCUGCUUGGCAUUGCAGUUCAGUCUCACAGAGAAGCAGCGUAUUUAGAAGAACCUCCUCCCUGCCCCGUGUCACUGCUGCCCAGGACUUACAGCUUAGUUUUACAAACAGCCGAACAACACAUAUGCACUGAAGAGGACAAGGAUCGCUUUGAGCAGUGACUCUAUGGCUUUUCUCCCAGUGAUGAGUCCCAUCCUGCUGCAGGACAGUGGUCCACAUCCCACAGGACACUCGGGUGCCCAUAGGCAUCCACCAGCCCUCUCCUCCUCAUGUUCUUGGCAUGGAUCCAGCUUAGCAGGGUGCUUCCAAAGCUCCUUCCAAGGGAAUUGGUUUCAAUCCUGACCAGGAAAGCUCUGCAUCCCUAUGACACGACGUGCUGGGUUAACGCAGGCUUCCCUGUACCUACCCACAAAACUCUGACUUACCUAUCAGCUUUUUAACCCCACAGCUCACCCUAAUAACAACCCCAUGCCUGAAGUGCAAGGGAAAAACCACCAGCAGCAAUAGCUGUUGGUUUUCCCCUUCUGUCAGCCAGGACCAGGCUUUUCCUUAGCCACAGGCAACCAGAAGGCUUCACCCUGCUGCUUGGCCUGCUCACAGCACACAGCAGGAGCCACAGCUACUGACCCAGCAAUGCAGCUCUUCUGGCACUGGCUGCUCUCCUCAGGUGCUUCUCAGAGGUGACAUCUCUCCUUUCUCUGGCUGCCUUGGUUGUUCAUUCAAUAUUUUACAGCACAUACCUUGAACUCUUGCUCUAGACUCAGUCUCGCUGCUUGUAAAUAAUGAACACAGAUGUCACUCAGUAACUGUAGACUGGGUUGUAUUUGCUACAACCGAGAUUAAAUCUGAGAAAGAAAACCCUCCUUAAAAUUGAAAGGGGCCAUGCCCUCUAAUCAUGAGUGCAAUAGGAGCUGAUUGUAUUAUUAAACUUAUAGCAAUGACUUCAGGAAACACAAUGUGUUUUACUCAAAUUGCACACUUUUUUGAACAGCUGUAAAAUAGAGUAUAUGUGUAAAUAUUGCCAUCACUGAAGAAGUAUUUGUAAUUUUUGCAUAUAAAUAGAACAGGCUUUUCAGUGGGCUUGAUAAUGCUACAAGGCUGCACAUCAAGCACUCGGGUAAUUCCAAAGUUGUAAAUGUACUUGCUGUACAGAGGAAGUGUGUCAGUGCUCGCUUCUCCCAAGGAAAUGGAGACACUGGUCCCUUUUGGAGAGCCAGCGGCUUUCCCCAGAACAGCUGGCACCAGCCUGAGGGGCCAGCAGCUCGCUGCUUUACAGAGUGGCUUGCUUUGUGUCUAGAAACACCACUGCAGCGUGCAGAGCAACGCCUCUCCAGCUGCUCAGGUAGCAGGGGUGGGGGGUGGGGGGUGGGGGGGGGGGUGUGGGGGGUGAUGGCUUUGCAGUGCAACCAGCAGUGCUACGCAUUGUCAAACUGCAGCUCUCUAAACACAGAUCAGGGGAGGCCUGCGGUCCUGCAGCCAGUAUCUCCAGGAAAAGAAAAGGGCAGGAAGCACAAGGCAGGGCGGCACACCUUGGUGCUUCAAGAGACACUUGAGCAAUUUCCUAGCUACAGAUCGAAGCAAUAGUCACAUCCGUGUCAUCUCUAAUAUAGUAGACCUCAUCUCUGCCACCCUUGCACACCACCGGAGUGGUCAAAGCACUGCUCCAAGGCCAGCCUCCAGUGGAUUGCUCUGUAUGUGAUAAAACAUGAAGCCAUUGUUUGCAGAUGCCUCUGAUGGUCAGUAACCUAAGGACCCAAAGGAUCAUCUUCCUAGGCUGCCCAGCAUGCAGUGCAGGCUCCUGCCUUGGGGAAGCAGUACUCCAGGCUGCAUGGAAUGUAUUUUUAAGAGAAUAAAUCUAUUUUUUUGUAUUUGCAGACAUAUAUUUGGGCUGGGGCAGUUUAGUUAGAAGACAAAUAACACAAGAAAUCUUUUCAUAAUCACAGAUUCAUCCAAGUUAAGCAAAUUUUCCAGGGUUACAGUAUUACCUGUUUCCCUAAAACAAACUUUAUGUCCAGUAGAGCUAUCAGCACUGUUUCACCCUUACAAAACUCUCCCUGUCUCAGCAUGCUCAAUAAAGGGAGGCCGGCUCUUUCCUCCCCAGGCUGUCCAUGCAGUGGAUACAGAUGGUGCUCACCUCCUUCCAGUUACACAGUGCUCUUAGUCUGCAUGCCAAAUGUAAACACACACUUUAACUGCAUGUCUCUCCUGACUCGAACACUGUCAGCUCUACAGUAUAUAACCAAUAAAAACUCUUCUCUUUC